AUGGCACCUAGUGUACUGAACUCGGACGGUUCAAUGGAGAACCAGAACGGUCAGGCUGGUCAAAACGGCCAGACUGCCCCGGUCGGCAACCCCGCUGGACGUCUAAACGCCUUCGACGCCACUGUAGACACCCUCACCCUACUACGUAGCCUGCCUGAGCCUCCUAUAGAAGCCCAGGUAUGCGUUGUUGGUGCUGGUCCCGCCGGUCUCAUGCUGGCUGCCAACCUUGGUCGUUUCGGUAUCAAGGUUGAGGUCAUUGAUGACAGGGCUGACCAGACACCUGUUGGAAGAGCAGACGGACUGCAGCCCAAGACGAUCGAGACCUUCCGUCAAAUGCGCCUGGCCGACCCUUUACUGCUCCGAGGCGUUCGCGUAUACGAUAUUUCCUUCUGGCGAAGCACCGCCGACGAGCCGCUGCAUAGACUGGGCCGCGAAGUUCACUAUCCUCCUGUCAUUGACGUCCUAGACCCCUAUAUCCUGCUCGUACACCAAGGCAUGGUUGAAGGUCUCUUCAUUGACGACCUGAAGAAGCGUGGAGUUGAGGUGCGGAGGAACACGGCGUUCGAGUCCUACAGCGUCCCGGAAAACAAGGCUGGACCUCUCCAGGUCAACUGUCGCACCAACGUCACCCAAGAUCGGCGAACAAUUCUUACACAGUACUUGGUUGGAUGCGAUGGCGCCCACUCUAAGGUGCGGAAGAGCAUCCCAGAUGCGCGAGCCAUUGGCUUGUCGCAGCCGGCAAUCUGGGGUGUUCUCGACGGCGAGCUCAUCACCGAUUUCCCGGAUAUCUGGUCUAAGACACUAGUCUACUCCCAGGAGUACGGAUCCAUCCUGAUUAUCCCUAGAGAAAGGAAUAUGACACGCUUCUAUAUCGAGCUUAAGGCAAACCCCAAGGCAGACAAGCGAGAGCUUGGCCAGGAGUUUGUUAUGGCUCGCGCAAAGAAGAUAAUGGCGCCUUUCGAGGUUAACUGGAAGUAUAUCGAGUGGUUUGGUCGUUACCAGAUUGGCCAGAGAGUGGCCAGCCGGUUCGUCGACCCCCAUUUGAGGGCUUUCCUUGCUGGUGACGCCAGCCAUACGCACUCCCCGAAGUCGGCUCAAGGCAUGAACACCUCGAUGCACGACUCGUGGAAUCUUGCAUGGAAGCUGAACCUGUCCAUUCGCGGGCUCGCGAAGCAAGCCCUGCUUGAGAGUUAUGAGGAGGAGCGAAGGAAGAUCGCUGUCGACCUGGUCAACUUUGACUAUGAGCAUGCAAACCAGAUUGCUGGUGGUGACGCAGUAGCUCUGGCAGAGAACUUCAAGACGAACGUUCGUUUCAUUUCCGGUAUUGGUGCCGAGUACUCUGAGAGCCCACUGAACAGGCCCGAGCCUCAAGGCCUUAUCAUGGGAGAUGCCAGGCCUGGUUGCCUGCUUCCUCCGGCUAAGGUCACCAGGUACAUCGACUCAAACCCCGUCGACGUCCAGCUCGACAUCCCGAUGCUCGGACAGUUCCGUAUCUAUCUUUUGAUGUGGGACAUCCAGGCGUCAAGCCCCUUCCUGGAGACUUUCUGCCAGUCUAUUGCCUCGGCCAAUUCUUUCAUCAGCAAGCUGUCUGCUUCCGCAAGUGCUUCAUAUGCUGCGCAGCCCAGAUUGCCGUGCCCAGAGGACAUCUACUACCGGCCUGAAAGAUACACCACUGUCAGCCAUCUCUUCACAUUUGCCUUGAUUACUACAAUGCCUAAGGCGGAUGUGGAGAUCUCAGACCUGCCGGCUCUGCUGCAGGACAGCCGUUGGACCUUCUACCUGGACGACAUUCCAGAACAGGACACGCGUGGUCAGCUCUGCACCAACAAGUGGCUCGGCAGCCUCGGCCCCGGUGAGGUUUCCAUUGUCAACGUGCGACCAGACGGCUAUGUGGGUUCCGUUGGUCGAUGGGACUCGAGCAUGGACGAUGCCGGUGAGGAGGCUGCUCGAUGGUUGGACGACUAUUACGGCGGCUUCCUCCAACUGCCCAACGGCUCAUCACCUACCCCUACACCGACCCCCAUGGCAGUUUAG